AUGUCUGAUGAAGAGAUUGACUUGGACGGUGUCCCUCCCCCCUCCCCCGAGCUUCUGUCGGAAAGCAGACAACAGGAAGUGGACAGCCAGGCUGCAAGCCCCCAGGGUCAAGUUUCGAAAGAAAUAACCCUGAGUACUGGACAUAUUCAGGUUGAAAAUCGCUCUGUUGGAGAGCAACCCCCAACGGCACCAUCAACAUUUAAACUGGUACCCGUCAGUGCCGAGCAGGAACAGCCCCCGCCCCCGUUGGCUAACCCGACUGGCCCCAGUCACCUGAUGUCUAGUUUGGAUCAGAUUGACCGCCAAGUUCUACAAUCUGUGGAUGACCACGCUAUACAGGUAUCAACAUAUGAGCAUCCAAGCUUCAGGGAAUUGAUUUGGGAUUUGGUUUUCUCAAAAAAUAUCUCCAACGAAUUAGAAAAAGUGAGAGCAAUAUUUCAAUGGCUAGCUACUAAGAAUCUAAAAGAUAUUGUCUUUAACAAUGUUGAGAAAGGCAGCCCUGAGGAGGUUUUACUCGAACUCAAGGAGGGUAAAACAACAUACGCUAGAGUGUUUGACACGAUGUGCAAUUACGCAGGAUUACACUCCAGAAUCAUUAGCGGUUAUGCUAAAGGGGUAGAAUACAAUCUCGGCAUGAAGUUCAAUCCAGACACAGAUAAGCACUCCUGGAACGCAGUCUACAUCAACGGAACUUGGGGUCAUGUGGAUGCUAACUGGGGCGCCAGGGGGGUCAUAAAAAAACUUAGAAAACUCCACUACCGGCUAGAUGAGUAUUACUUUCUUCCAGAUCCCCAUCAUUUUAUCUGCGACCACUUUCCUAAUGACCAACAGUGGCAGUUGUUGGAAAGGCCCAUAACGUUGGAUGAAUUCGAGAACAUGCCACACAUUAAACCCGAGUUCUUUACGUAUGGGCUAGAGAUUGUGAGACACCAGUCUGUGAUAAUUUAUGGACAAUAUGAAGUAAAUGUUCGUCUCAGAUAUCCUUCCCAUGAGCAUAAGAUGGAUUUCGACUUCAUUUUGCAGUUUGAGAGUGGCGAGGAGGAGGAGUAUAAAGGAACCAAACUGAACCGCUAUGGCAUGCAGGAAAGUGUUGAAGGCAUUGCUUCCUUCAGGCUACGCCUCCCAGUAAAGGGAUCAUACAUUCUUUCCAUAUAUAUUAAGGAAUAUAAACCAGAGAACAUAGUUAGUUUGCACGAAGUGUGCGAGUAUAAGAUUGUCCAGGAAGAAGUAUCGAUCACCGAACCACACCCCUUCCCACCUUGUGCAUACCUGAACUGGGGACCUAGCACCUAUUUCUACAGGUAUGGUCUGGCCACCAACCAACAGAAUGCCCAGAUCUCGACUAGGGACGGAAAAGCUGAGCUACAGAUUAUAUUACCAAAACAGAUGCAUUUCAUGACUAAACUGAAGCACAAUGAUCUAAACGAUGAAGACCUAGAAGGCUAUGCGACUCACAGAAUUGUUGGAAAUACCGUUUAUUUCAACAUCACUGCGCCGAGGCGUGGUGAAUACGGAUUAGAAAUUCAUGCCAAUGACCCAGCAACCGAAGGUUUAACCCUGAAUCAAGUGGCACAAUAUUUAGUGGAGUGUAACGAAGAUGUAAAUACCGUUCCAUUACCAAAACUGUCGGCUGGGUAUCUUGGAGCUAAACCUGAAUUUAUUGACUAUGGUCUAGACACUUUAAGUCACCAUAUCCCUGUAAUUCACCUAGAAGCCAACACCGUCGAAAUUCAGUUCUCGGUUACCCAAGAAAUAAGACUCAAUGCCAACCUUAUAGAAGUUGAAUCGGAUCGAAAGAUGCCAGAAUUCGUCUUUACCCAGACAAAGGAUUCGGUGGUCAGCUUCAUAGUUAACUGCCCGUCCGUGGGAUUCUACAAGCUACAGCUGUACGCAAUCCCAGUCCACAACCCAAGCCAACAACUAACAGGAGUCUACAACUACCUGAUCAACUGUCAGAGAAAGACCGAAAAUGUCUUUCCUUUUCCCAUACAGUACACCAAGUGGACGGAAGACUGCUACAUGUGGGAGCCGCUAAUCGUCCAUAAAGAGAUAGAGAAACCCACAGUCAACUUCCACGUCAAGAUACCAAAGGCCAAAGCCGUCGCCGUAGAGGUGAAUCAGAAGUGGACCCAACUUCAAUCGUUGAUGCCGGAAAUUUGGCAAGGGGAGGUUAAUCUGGCGCUUUAUUAUGGAGAAGGCGUCAAAGUAACUUUGAAUGCUUUCUUUGGUGGAGACAAUACCAGUUAUUCAACAUUGCUUGAAUAUUUAAUUUAG